AUGGCGAUCUUGGGAAAAGAAUCAUUUGCAAAAUACGAUAGAGUCAUUUUUAAGCACAAUGAUGCCACAUUUUAUGCAGCUUCGGAUCAAUCAAAACCGUAUGAUUCAAAAAAGAAUGUUUGGAUUCCAGACGUUGAAGAAGGCUAUAUUGAUGCUGAAGUACAGAGCGCUAAAGACAAUAUGGUCACGGUUUACACUUCCAAAGGAAAUGAGAUAACAGUCAAAAAAGAAAUGAUACAAGAAAUGAAUCCACCAAAAUUUGAAAAGGUCGAAGAUAUGUCACAUUUGACUUUUCUGAACGACGCAUCAGUGUUGCAUAAUCUUCGCGCUCGCUAUAGUGCAAUGCUUAUAUAUACUUAUUCCGGCCUCUUCUGUGUCGUAAUCAACCCAUACAAAAGAUUGCCAAUCUAUACAGAUUCAGUCGCUCGAAUGUACAUGGGAAAGCGUAAAACUGAAAUGCCGCCACACUUGUUUGCUGUUUCAGAUGAAGCUUAUCGCAAUAUGCUCCUAGAUCAUGAAAAUCAGUCUAUGCUUAUUACGGGUGAAUCCGGUGCCGGAAAAACUGAAAAUACUAAAAAAGUAAUCGCUUAUUUUGCUGCUGUUGGAGCUUCGCAACAAGAGACCAGUGCAGGAGAUGCUGAUACGGGCAAAAAGAAAGUUACUCUAGAGGAUCAAAUUGUCCAAACUAAUCCUGUUCUUGAAGCCUUUGGUAACGCUCGAACGGUCAGGAAUAACAACUCGUCACGUUUCGGAAAGUUCAUUCGAAUACAUUUUUCAAAACAAGGACGUGUGGCAUCAUGUGACAUUGAACACUAUCUUCUUGAAAAGUCGCGCGUGAUUCGACAAGCACCAGGUGAACGAUGCUACCACAUUUUCUACCAGCUCUAUUCAAACUAUUUGCCAGAGUUAAAAAAGGAGUUACUGUUGGACAAAGCACUCAAGGAUUACUAUUUUGUUGCCCAAGCAGAACUGACUAUCGAUGGAGUAAAUGACCAAGAAGAGCAUCAGCUAACCGAUGAAGCAUUCGACAUACUGCAUUUCAAGCCCGAAGAGAAAUUAAAUUGUUACAAGUUAAUGUCUGCAAUUAUGCAUAUGGGUAACAUGAAAUUUAAACAACGACCACGUGAAGAACAGGCUGAACCUGACGGCACAGAUGAAGCCGAGAAAGCAGCAGCAAUGUUUGGCGUAAACCAUGAAGAAUUCUUAAAGGCACUGACUCGACCUCGCGUAAAGGUAGGAACAGAGUGGGUGGCAAAAGGUCAGAAUCUUGAGCAAGUAAACUGGGCUGUCGGUGCUAUGGCAAAAGGUCUGUACGCACGAAUAUUCAACUGGUUAGUGAAAAAGUGCAAUAUGACAUUGGACCAAAAGGGAGUCUCACGCGAUUAUUUCAUUGGAGUACUGGACAUUGCUGGUUUUGAAAUCUUUGACUUCAAUUCUUUCGAGCAGCUAUGGAUCAAUUUCGUAAAUGAAAAGCUGCAGCAGUUCUUUAACCACCAUAUGUUCGUUUUGGAACAAGAAGAAUACGCUCGUGAAGGUAUUCAGUGGACUUUUAUCGACUUUGGCCUCGACCUUGAAGCAUGUAUUGAACUUAUUGAGAAGCCGCUUGGUAUCAUUUCCAUCCUCGAUGAAGAAUGCAUUGUGCCAAAAGCUACUGACUUGACGCUAGCGCAAAAGCUUAUUGAUCAACAUCUCGGGAAACACCCUAACUUUGAAAAGCCGAAACCACCGAAGGGCAAACAAGGAGAAGCCCACUUCGCUAUGCGUCACUACGCUGGUACAGUGCGAUACAACGUAACCAACUGGCUGGAAAAGAACAAAGAUCCUCUCAACGAUACAUGUGUAACAGUUAUGAAGGCUUCAAAAGGAAAUAAACUUCUCGUCGAAGUAUGGAAAGAUUACGUAACGCAAGAAGAGGCAGCUGCAACUGCAAAAGAUGGAGGGAGCAGAAAAAAGGGGAAAUCAGGCUCUUUCUUAACCGUAUCUAUGCUGUACAGAGAAUCCCUAAACAAAUUAAUGAAUAUGCUGAACAUGACUCAUCCUCACUUCAUUCGCUGUAUUAUUCCUAACGAGAAAAAGACAUCUGGCCUUAUUGAAGCUGGUUUGGUGCUUAACCAACUAACAUGUAAUGGUGUUCUCGAGGGCAUCAGAAUUUGCCGGAAGGGAUUUCCAAACAGACAACUUUACCCAGAUUUUAAGCAGUGGUACUCAAUACUUGCUGCAGAAGAAUCUAAAAGUUCGAACGAAGCGAAAAAAUGCUCUGAAGCAAUACUUUCGAAGCUUGUUGAAAAAGGUAUUCUUACCGAAGAAAAUUUCCGUAUUGGGGAAACAAAAGUAUUUUUCAAAGCAGGAGUUCUAGCACAUCUUGAAGAUGUUCGAGACGAAACAUUGCGCAUAUUGCUUACUCAGCUACAAGCUUACAUACGUUCUUACGUCGCUUUAACAGACAAGAGACGUAGGGAAGAGCAAAGAGUUGGUCUAUUAAUCCUACAACGCUCUAUCCGAGUCUGGUGCUCACUACGUAUGUGGGAUUGGUUUAAACUGUACUGUAAAGUAAGACCAAUGCUACGAGAAGGAAAAGUAGCGGAAGCGAUGGAAAAAUUGAACCAAAAGGUUGCCGAGUUGGAUGAAAAAUUAGGCAAAGAAACGGAAGAACGAGCAAAGCUAAAAGCUCAACAAGAACAGAUAGAAUCUGAGAGAAAUUCGCUCAUAUCUGAGCUAAACGAUGUUAAAAGCAAAACUAAUGACAUAGAAGAUCGUCUAAGUGCUGAAGGUUUUAACAAAGAUGAAAAUGACAAGGCUCUUCAGGAUGUAAAUGACACUCUACUUCGUGCCGAAGAUGAGCAACAGACCUUAAUGAAAGAAAAAAGAAAUUUAGAAAAUGCAGCUGACAGCCUAAAAAGAAAACUCUCGGAACUGGAAAUAACGAUAAGAAAAGCAGACACUGAAAAACAGUCUAAAGAAUACCAAUCACAAUCAUUAGAGGACGAAAUGCAGCAACAAAGCGAAGUUGUUAAAAAACUGAGUAAGGAGAUUAGCUAUCAGCAGGACAGAAACAAAAAAUUACUUCAAAGUGUUCAAGAGCAAGAAGACAAAAACAAUAGCAUUGACAAGAUUAAAGCAAAGCUUGAACAAUCUAUGACAGACAUUACAGAAAAAUUAGACCGUGAGCGACACGCUAAAGCUGAUGCUGAAAAAACCAAACGAAAAAUGGAAGGUGAAAUCAAAAUUGCAAACGAAAAUCGUGAAGAAAUCAUUCGUCAAAAACAUGACAUUGAAAAUGGUUUAAAACGGAAAUUAGUAGAACUGACUACUUUGUCUAGCCGACUUGAGGAUGAACAAACCUUGACUAAGAAGCUUCAACGUCAAAUUGAAAAACUGCAAAUUCAAGCAACGGAACUGGAGGAAGAAAUCGACAGUGUCCGAGAAUCCAAAUCAAAAGCUGAUAGUGCUAAAGGCGAUUUACAACGAGAACUUGAAGAGAUGCAAGAACGACUGGAUGAGCAAGGAAGUGCAACGGAAACUCAAAUCGAGAUGAAUAAGAAGCGUGAGGCUGAAGUAGCCAAGCUCAGACGGCACAUUGAAGAAACACACAUUGCUUACGAACAACAAAUCAAUGCGUUAAGAAAGAAACAUGGUGAUGCAAUCGCUGAACUGAAUGACCAACAUUCCCAGAUUGAAAAACAGCGAGAAAAAGUUGAGAAAAAGCGAGACAAGUUCCUUCACGAAAUUGAAAACAUCUCCGAACAGCUAAGCAAUGAAAGUGUCGCGAAAGCAAGUAAUGAAAGAAUGGUGAAGCAGCUUGAGGAGCAAUUAGCCCACAUCCAGUUGAAGACGGAAGAACAGUCCAAACAAUUAGAGGAGUGCAUGAGAACUCGUAAACAACUAAUUGGUGAAAAUAAAAGGUUAACACACCAAGCAGAAGAACAGAAUGAACAUCUGGAAAACUUGCAGCGUAUGAAAGCCCAAAUUAAUGGUGAAUUAGACGGAGCCAAACGAAUGCUUGAAGAUGAAGUUCGUGAGCGUCAAAAUUUAAAUGCACAAGUUAAGCACCUUCAGUUGAAGGCAGAAGAGACAGCAAGAAAUGUGGAAGAAGAAACUGAAUCAAAGAACGAAGUAGCAAGGCAAUUAAGUAAAGCAAAUACAGAGCUUCAACAGCUGCAGUCAAAGUUAGAGGGGAAUGAUUUAAUACAAACUGAAGAGGUCGAGGAACUUCAACAAAAACAAAACUUUAGGAUUAAUGAACUUCAAGAAGCCUUAGAAACAGCAAGCCAAAAAAUUGUAACGCUAGAAAAGGUGAAGGUGCGUUUGAUGGGUGAUCUUGAUAAUGCACAAACCACUGUUGAAACGGCCAAAAAUUUAGUCGCACAUUUAGAGAAGAAAGAACGCAACGCGGGAAGUGUUAUUGAAGAAUGGAAAAAAAAAAGUAACGAUUUGAACAAUGAGUUGGAAGCCAUACGAACUGAAGGUCGAAAUUUAUUGACAGAACUUUCCAAGACGAAAACUACUAACGACGAAAUGCGUGAAACCGUAGAGACUUUACGUCGUGAGAACAACUCCUUAGCUGACGAAAUCAAGGAGCUUACAGGCCAACUGGAUGACGGCGGCCGUUCACAGCACGAAAUGCAAAAAGCUGUGUAUCGGCUAGAGGUGGAGAAGAAUGAACUACAACGUUCACUGGAUAAGGCAGAAAAUGCAUUGGAAGCAGAAGAGAGUAAAACUAUUCGAGCUCAAUUUGAAGUGUCUCAAAUCAGAUCAGAAGUUGAAAAACGACUGCAGGAAAAAGAGGAAGAAUUUCAAAGUGUUCGCAGUAAUCAUCAAAAAGCAUUGGAAUCAAUGCAGGCUUCGCUAGAUGCAGAAACCAAAGGGAAGACAGAGUUGUUGAAAGUCAAGAAAUCGCUCGAGUCAGAUAUCAAUGAACUAGAGCUUAAUUUAGACCAUGCAAACAAAGCAAAUGUCGAUAUUCAAAGAACUUUAAGGAAGUGCGUCGAACAAAUACAAGAAGCUCAAAUAAAAGUUGACGAAGAGCAGAAGGAGCGUGACGAACUACGAGAGCAAUACUUUAGUGCAGAAAAAAGGGUUAAGCUUUUGGAGGUGGAGAAAAGCGAAGAAAUUUUGAUGCUUGAAAAGAUUGAACAGGCCUGUCGUGAUGCUGAAACUGUAGCUGCUGAAUCACGUGAAACUGUAAAUGAGCUGAUUACUCGAACAAGUAACCUUAAUGCAGCAAAAAGGAAAUCUGAAUCUGAACUCCAGAUGCUUCAUGCUGAUUAUGAAGAAACUUUACGAGAGUUUCGAGCCUCCAAAGAACGCUGUAAGAAAGCAACUGCUGAAGUCAACAGAAUUGCCGAUGAAUUGCGUCAACAGCAGGAGCACAAUUUGCAUGUGGAAAAAUUUCGUAAAAAUUUAGAACAGCAAGGCCGUUUGGAAGAGUCUGAACAGAGUAUGUCAAAAGCUGGUAAAAAAACUAUUGCCAAACUGGAAGACAGACUUAGAGCGCUGGAAACUGCAUUAGAUGCAGAACAGCAUAAAUGUCAAGAUAUUAACAAAAGCGCAGUCAAAACAGAACGAAGAGUACGGGAACUGGAAUUCCAGGUCGAUGAAGACAAAAAAAAUUUUGAACGUAUGCAGGAUCUCACUGAGCGACUUCAAAAUAAGAUCGAGGCACAGAAACGACAGCUGGAUCAGGCGGAGGAACUUGCUGGUAUAAAUUUACAAAAAUAUCGCCAACUCCAAUACCAGCUCGAUGAUGCCCUACAAAGAGCAGACAGCGCUGAAACAACAGUGACAAAACUACGUGUUAAAUCUUGUGCAGGUAGAAUGGAAAUGUCAUAA